CCGCCUCAGACAUGGCUGCUCGCUGCACCUAAUUGCUUCUGCGCCGUUGUGUACUGUCAGCGCGGGAGGUGAGGCGGGAAGUUCUGUUCCUCACAGGCUGCAUCAUGCCACGGGAGAUCAUCACCCUGCAACUUGGCCAGUGCGGGAACCAGAUUGGUUUUGAGUUCUGGAAGCAGCUAUGUGCAGAACAUGGCAUCAGUCCAGAAGGUAUUGUGGAAGAGUUCGCAACUGAAGGUACCGACAGAAAAGAUGUCUUUUUUUAUCAGGCUGAUGAUGAGCAUUACAUUCCUAGAGCUGUUCUUCUGGACUUAGAACCGAGGGUCAUCCACUCUAUACUUAAUUCUCCAUAUGCCAACCUUUACAACCCUGAGAAUAUUUACCUGUCUGAACAUGGAGGUGGUGCUGGAAACAACUGGGCUAGUGGUUUCUCACAGGGUGAAAAAAUUCAUGAAGAAAUCUUUGACAUUAUUGAUCGAGAAGCUGAUGGCAGUGACAGUCUGGAGGGAUUUGUGCUUUGCCAUUCAAUAGCAGGUGGAACAGGCUCUGGAUUAGGGUCUUACCUUUUAGAGAGAUUAAAUGACAGGUAUCCCAAGAAGUUGGUUCAGACAUACUCUGUUUUCCCAAACCAAGAUGAAAUGAGCGAUGUUGUGGUACAGCCAUACAACUCCCUUCUAACUCUGAAGAGACUUACACAAAAUGCAGACUGUGUGGUGGUUUUAGAUAAUACAGCUCUAAAUCGAAUUGCUACAGACAGGCUGCACAUACAAAACCCCUCAUUUUCUCAAGUCAACCAGUUGGUUUCUACCAUCAUGUCUGCAAGUACCACCACGCUCAGGUACCCAGGAUACAUGAACAAUGACUUGAUUGGUCUCAUUGCCUCUCUUAUCCCAACCCCUCGGCUUCACUUCCUGAUGACAGGAUACACACCACUGACUACUGACCAGUCGGUCGCCAGCGUGCGUAAGACUACAGUGUUGGAUGUCAUGAGAAGGCUACUGCAGCCAAAAAAUGUUAUGGUAUCCACUGGCCGUGAUAGGCAAACUAACCACUGCUAUAUUGCAAUACUGAACAUCAUUCAAGGGGAGGUGGAUCCCACACAGGUUCACAAAAGCCUUCAGAGGAUUCGAGAGAGGAAGCUAGCCAACUUUAUCCCAUGGGGACCUGCCAGCAUCCAAGUUGCUCUGUCCAGAAAGUCACCUUAUUUGCCAUCUGCACACCGGGUCAGCGGGCUAAUGAUGGCCAAUCACACCAAUAUCUCUUCGCUGUUUGAAAGGACCUGUCGACAGUAUGAUAAACUGCGAAAACGUGAGGCUUUCCUGGAGCAGUUCCGAAAGGAGGACAUCUUUAAGGACAACUUUGACGAGCUGGAUAAUUCAAGGGAAAUCGUACAGCAGUUAAUAGACGAAUACCAUGCAGCUACUCGUCCAGACUAUAUCUCUUGGGGAAGCCAAGAAAAAUAAUGGGUCCUAUAAGGGUUAAGAGCUUGGGUGCAAAGCGUGUCACUUCUGUAGAAGAACUUGAACCUUAACUGUAAAUACCAGUGUCCUCCAAGCCAAGCGAUAUUAAAACCUGGAAAUUGGUGAGCAUUAACUUAAAAAGCAAGAGCACUAUAUUAAUACAAGUAACAGUUCUGUUGUCAAGACAA